AUGAACCAGGUGCUGUUUGUUUACGCGCACAAGAGCAAACUCCACGGCGCUAGGACCUCGCCUUAUCCUCGUGUCUGUGCGCAAAUCCCAGCCUCCUGCACAGAGGAGGCAGCGCGCGGUCAGAGGAGCCGCGUGCGUGUGCGUGUGCACGAGAGAGAGCGGGUGCAGCUGCUGCGGCUCACAUCACCAUCACCGGCGGAGCGCACGGAGGCUCGGGUCGCCUCCCCGUAUGGACUCACCAUGCGCAGGAUACGGGCCAACGCCAUCGCCAUUCUGACCGUCGCGUGGAUCCUGGGCACCUUCUAUUACCUGUGGCAGGACAGUAAGCCGCACACACCGCCCUCGUCCACGGACAGCCGGAGCAGGGGACAUGGCGGACAGCCCAAGGUGGUCCCCGGGAGGCUGGAGAUCCACCGGGACGACCGCACCAUCGCGCUCAUCGUGACCCAGCCUCCUCGUCUGGAUCAGGGCCAGCUCUUGGGUGGCUUCGAUGAGAAAUCCUAUCUCUCUGCUAAAACACUGAAGCCGGGGGACGACCCGUACAGAGAACAUGCAUUUAACCUGCAAGAGAGCGACCGUCUGGGCAGCGAGAGGGCCAUUCGGGACACCAGGCACUACAGAUGUGCUUCUAUGAAUUAUGACGUGGACCUUCCCUCCACCAGCAUCAUCAUCACUUUCCACAAUGAGGCUCGCUCCACUCUGCUCCGCACCAUCAAGAGUGUCCUCACGCGGACCCCUUCGUCCCUGAUCCAAGAAAUAAUCCUGAUCGACGACUUCAGCACAGACCCGGACGACUGCCAGCUGCUUUCCCGGAUCCCCAAAGUGCGCUGCCUACGAAAUGGACGCAGAGAAGGUUUAAUCAGGUCCCGUGUGAGAGGAGCGAACUCGGCCUCCGCCUCAGUUCUCACCUUCCUGGACUCUCACUGUGAGGUCAACACUGACUGGCUGCAGCCCAUGCUCCAGAGAGUCAAGGAGGACCAUACCAGAGUGGUGAGCCCGAUCAUCGACGUCAUCAGCCUGGAUAACUUUGCCUACCUGGCUGCCUCUGCCGACCUGAGAGGAGGAUUCGACUGGAGUCUUCAUUUCAAAUGGGAGCAGAUUCCAAUUGAACAGAAAAUGGCCAGGAGCGACCCCACACAACCAAUCAGGACUCCAGUGAUCGCUGGUGGAAUCUUUGUGAUGGACAAGAGUUGGUUCAAUCACCUCGGCCAGUACGACACACACAUGGACAUCUGGGGAGGGGAGAACUUUGAGCUGUCGUUCCGUGUAUGGAUGUGUGGGGGCAGCCUGGAGAUCCUGCCCUGCAGCAGAGUGGGACACGUCUUCAGAAAAAGACACCCGUACGAUUUCCCAGAAGGCAAUGCUCUCACCUACAUCAAAAACACUCGUCGAGCAGCGGAGGUGUGGAUGGAUGAAUACAAACAGUAUUAUUACCAGGCCCGACCUUCAGCCCAGGGCAAAGCAUACGGCAGCAUCACAGACCGUGUGACUCUAAGAAGGAAGUUAAACUGUAAACCUUUCCGUUGGUACAUGGAGAACAUCUAUCCAGAACUCAGGGUCCCGGAGCAGGAGGCUGUGUCCAGUGUGCUGAGACAGGGUGGACUGUGUUUGGAGAGCAAGGGCCCAGAGGGGCUCGGCCUGGGGGAGUGUCGGGGCAUCGGAGGCAACCGACCACAGGCACAGCGGUGGGAGUUGAUCGAGCCACUGAUCCGGCAGCAUGACCUGUGUCUGGCCAUCACCGCUUUCACCGCCGGGUCUAAGGUCAAGAUGGAGCCGUGCAACUCAAAAGAGCCCAGACAGAAGUGGAAGCCAAAAGGUGCUGCUCUCCAGCACAUGGUCAGUGGUCUGUGCUUGGACAGCCAGAGCCCCACCAGUCCCCCUGUCAUCAUGCAGUGUCGCCCCCAACUGGCCAGUCAGAUAUGGGAGCCGCAAAUAAUCAGCUGA